UCUGACCGUGACUGUGAGUGUAGUUUACUAAUCACUGUCUGUCGUUUGAUUUGAACUUUCCGUCUCUCUCUCUCUCUCUCUCUCUCUCUCUCUCUCUCUGUCGCUCAACUGCUCUUCAGCUGACUGACUUCUCCGCUUCUUCUCCUUCCUCUUCUUUCAUACUCCAUUGAGUCAGUCAUUGCCCCGACCCCACUCUAGAGCUCAUCCCCAUUAGCUUUUCACACCUGGAUUUGAAAGAGCCGGUGAGUGGUUUUGAGAGAGACCGAGCCUCCGUAAUACUAUUGUAAUCUGGACUAGACACAGAGCGAGAGAGAGAGAGAGAGAGAGAGAGAGAGAGAGAGGCUAGAUCUCGAGAGACAGAGAGGAGGAGAAUAGAAGCAGAAGCAGAGAUGGGUGUGGAUUUGAGACAAGUGGUGGCCGGCAUUUUGACCAUAACAAUGUUUGUGAUGCUUGGUAAUAUGAUCAAGAGAGAGCACUUCGAUUCUGUUCAUGAAAAACUCCCUGGAGUGACAGAAGAUGCCCAUUAUUCGGAACAAGGGAUCGUCUCAGUGUCUAAAACGAGUGGUCCUCGGAAGGAGGACUCUGGUGGAGAGCUUAAACCAUGUUGGGAGAAGCCUGAGUCAGCAGAAGCUCUAGGCGAUCCAAAAGGCUCCAUUACAUUUUCAUUGAUCAAUGGUCCUGAAUACCAUGUCUCUCAGAUUUCAGCUGCAGUGGUUGUUGCAAAAUAUUUGGGUGCCACACUUGUAAUCCCUGAUAUCAGAGGAACCACCCCUGGUGACAAGAGGAGUUUUGAAGAUAUAUAUGAUGUCGAUAAGUUCAUGCAAAGCCUAGAUGGAGUUGUCAAUGUUAUGAAAGAGCAACCCUCUGAAAUAUCAGCACAAGAUGUUGCCGUAGUCAAGGUCCCAAGUAAAAUCACGGAAGACUAUAUUGCUGACCAUGUGGAACCAGUAUUUCGGACCAAGAGCAACAUAAGGCUUGCUACAUAUUUCCCAUCCGUCAAUAUGAGGAAGAAGAAGACUCAAAAAAGUGAGCUGGAUGCAGUGAUGUGUUUGGCAAUGUUUGGGACCUUGGAACUGCAGCCUGAGGUUCGUGAAGUUGUUGACUCGAUGGUUGAGAGGCUGAGGACAUUGAGUAGGAAGUCCGAUGGACGAUUUCUAGCAGUAGAUCUGAGGGUGGGCAUGCUGGAGAGGAAGAACUGUCAAGGGUCAAAGAAAUGUUUCAAUGCCCAGGAAAUUGCAGAGUUUCUGCAGAAGAUUGGUUACAAAAAAGAUACCACUAUCUACUUGACCCAGUCAAGGUGGGAUAGCAGCCUUGAUGCUCUGAAGGAGGUCUUCCCUAAAACUUACACCAAGGAAAGCAUAAUGCCAGUCGUUAAGAAGGCGAAGUUCCUCAAUGCAGAAGAUUCGGAGUUUGAAAAGGUUAUUGACUACUACAUAUGUUCGGAGAGUGACGUUUUUGUCCCGGCCAUCUCUGGUCUUUUCUACUCCAAUGUUGCAGGCAAAAGAAUAGCUUCUGGGAGAACCCAAAUACUGGUUCCAGCCAUUAUAGAAAGUCCCUCCGCAUCACCUACUGACCAUCUGUCCUCAUAUGUGGUAAAGAAGAACCAUCUUGCCCACUCAUGCUUUUGCUAAAUCAAAGGCUGUGCGAAGACCCUACAAGGCUGGUUUUCUUGAAUUUCAUUCAUCUUUGAUCAAAGGCCACAGGUGAAAGGGAAGCUUGGAAUCAUGGACUUGUUCUCUCUCUCAUUCACAAGGUGAAUUUGUCCGAUACGCUACGUUCUCCAUUAAUUAUUAGCAUUGGGAAAAGUGUGCAAGCUGUUAUUUUGCGACAAAAGAAACUACACUGUGCUCGACUUGUCAUGAUCUUGAUUCUUUGUAUCAAAGAUUAUAAUUUUAAAAAGUUGCUCUGAGAUAGUUCUGCAUUAUAUCUA